AUGUCAGCUACUUCAGAAUCUGAGUUGAUCGAAUUAAUGAAUUCUAUAGUCACAUUCGAUUAUAUUGAAAAUAGUUACAUGAAUCUAGAAGACUUUGAACUUGAUGAUUCUUCAGAUAACACAAGAGAAAGUACAAGUAAUAUGGAUAUAAUUGAAAAGAAUGUAGUUAAACCAUCUAUGCCAGAACUAUCAGAUACAAAUA